AUGGGCCUGGAGCUGUACCUGGACCUGUUGUCCCAGCCGUGCCGCGCCGUCUACAUCUUCGCCAAGAAGAACGGCAUCCCGUUCGAGCUGCGCACCGUGGAGUUGCUCAAAGGCCAGCACCAGAGUGAUGCCUUUGCCCAGGUGAACCCCAUGCAGAAGGUGCCAGCCUUGAAAGAUGGGGACUUCACCUUGGCCGAGAGUGUGGCCAUCCUGUUGUAUCUGAGCCGCAAGUACCAGACCCCAGACCACUGGUACCCGCAGGACCUGCAGACCCGUGCCCGCGUGGAUGAGUACCUGGCAUGGCAGCACACAGGCCUGAGGAACAGCUUCGCUCUGCCUACCUACCAUCAGGUGAUGAUCCCCGUGUUCCUGGGUGAGUCGGUGCGCCCCGAGACACUGGCGGCCACGCUGGCCACCCUAGACAGAUGCCUGCAGCUGCUGGAGGACAAGUUCCUGCAGAACAAGGCCUUCCUGGCCGGGCCCCACAUCUCCCUGGCGGACCUGGUGGCCCUCACGGAGCUGAUGCACCCGGUCAGCGCUGGCUGCCGCGUCUUUGAAGGCAGACCCAAGCUGGCCGCGUGGCGCCAGCGCGUGGAGGCUGCGGUGGGACACGACCUGUUCCGAGAGGCUCACGCGGUGAUCCUGAAGGUCAAGGACCUUCCCCCUGCGGAUCCAUCCGUGAAGGAGAAGCUGAGGCCCUUGAUGCAGAUCCUGGGGCAGUGA